CUUCCACCACCCGCGGGCCACUCCUCUUCCCAUGCCCACCUGCCACCUUCAAAUGCCGCUGCCGCUACCGCUGCCACUGCUGCUGCUGCAAGCCCUCGUUCUGGCUCUCAUGAUUGUCGCUAUGUCCGUCGUCGCCGUCCCGAUGGCAUCCUGUGGUCGGCCGGACAAGGUGGCCGAGACGCUGGCCUCGCACGACAUGCCGCCUGUUGCCGGAUUGCACUCUGUGGCGGUACCUGCGGCGGUGCUGGUGCCGUUUGUGGCGGGCGGUGUGGGGAACUGGUCGCUGUGGAAUGCGGCAGUGAGCAAGUCGUCCGGCACUAUCGGCGAGUGCAACUCGGUCGACGUCGCCUUCCGCCUCCAUCAUCACAUCCCGCUCACGCUGCCCUCGUCUUGCCUCAUCUACGCCCUCAACGGGACCGCCACAUCCAGUGCGGUCAGCUACGCGUGGGAGUACUCGGGCCCGGGCCUAUUUGGGGUCCACAUCUCGUCCUUUAGCCCCGAUCCCGACGACCCGGCCGGCUCCACCCUUGCAACCAACUGGGAGCGGGCCAUGGGCUCCACCAUCCGCCUCGACCCGUCGUGGUGGAAGAACCAGUUUGCCUUUGUUGCUUCGCAAACAUUUAACGGCCUCGAUUGCCUCGCUUCCGUCUACGCUGCCACCGGUACCCUCCUCAUCGACCACGUCGUCUCGGCAUGCAGGCCGUGAUCCGGCUCGCGACAGCGCUUGCCAGCCCCUCACAGCGUGGCGUUGUCGGCCAACGAGACCAACGUGAGGUGCUGCUUCUCCAGCUGCCGAAGCUCCUCGGCCUCGAGCUCCAUCGACAUGAGCAUCGAGACAAAGACGUCGGGAUCGAGGCCGGCCCCGAGUGAGCGCAGCGUGCGGAUCAAUCGCGCCUUGUCUCCGGUGCACGCCACAACGUCGUCCUGGAAGAGCCCAAGCAGCGCAAGCGCAGCACGGUAAAAAGUGCGGAAGCCGCGGACAAAAAAGAUGUCCCACACACGAACCAGAAGCCGCGGCUCGAGCACGUCCGCAAA